CCUUUGUGUUUACAGACACCAAGUACACUUACCUCUGCACUCCUUGGCUUCGGCAGGUGGGGUUCAAAGGCACUGUGACUGACUGGGGAGUGAGGUCACCUGGGUUCUAGUCUUUCCUGGCCCCUGGUUCCCUAGUCUCUCCAACUAGAUGGUAAGGUCCUUGAAAGCAGGCUGGGGAAAAUCAUGAAGCCAAAGCUCUGGGAGCACCCCAUCUAUAUGAGGCGAAACGCUGGCAUUCCAUCCUAUGGACUUCGGCAGUCCAUCCUCGUUAAUAAACGGCUCCAGGACUGUUAUGUUGACGCUCCCACCCUCACCAACAUAUGGACUUCCAAAACGUGUGCAAACCCGAAUGUAGCUCCGAAGGGCAGUCCCACCUCUUCCUGGGAAGUUGUCAAGAAUCCCCUAGUUUCAAGCUCCUUCUCUCUGGUUAAGUUAGUCCUCAGGAGGCAGCUGAAGGACAAAUGCUGCCCCAUCCCUCCCAAGUUAGGUGGUGAGGGGAAGGCUCGGAAGAUUCCGAAGGUCAAGACCAAGGGGACCGCGGAAGUGAGGGCUGACCCAGGGGAUGGGAACAGAGAGUCUGCCCCAAACAAAAACAAAAGCCCUUCCGGGAAGCUGUCCGGCACAUCGGAUUCGAUGAGGCCGGCCGGACACGAUAGUGAGAGCAAAGACAGUCAAAAGGAAGAAAAGGGGGCGGUCAGUGAAGGUCCCCAGGAUGGGGUUGUUGCCCAAAGCCCCCCGGGGGAAAUCGAGGGACUAGCCGGGAAGAUCCAAGGCCCGCCUCCGGACAACAGAAGCGGACAACAUUCGCAGGAGGCUCUUAUUAUCCACGGGCUCUCCGCCGAGCAAUACACGGCCUUGUACCACUCGGUGGUGGAGCCCAUGCUGUGGAACACAUCAGGAACACCCAAGAGAUACAGCCUGGAGCUGGGCAAGGUCAUCAAGCGCAAGCUCUGGGAAGCCCUGUGCAGUCAGGCCACGACCCCCAGCCCCGGAGGAGCGGGCCCCAUCCCACCUGGGAAGCGCGCGGGGCCCCGACUGGAGAGGGACGUCCGGGAGCAGCCGGCGGUGCCCAAGUGGCCGAAGUUGGAGUAAAGCUGGGAUAGAAGCGGAAGACUAGAAACAUCAAUUAAUAGGGUUAGGAUAUUUGAUGCUGCAUGUCUGAAAAUAAAAAACAGCUCUUUGAGA